CGGGCAGUGCAAGGCGCCCACCUCAAAUGUUUAUCUCAAAACCCGCUUCAAGUCAAGUUCGAGUCUUCUCAAGGUUGAGAGCAACCAAGAACCAGAACGACACAAGCACAGUACCCCCCACUGAAAUGACUUUCUUCCAAAAGCGAAUGGAUUGUGACCUUUAAACCAAUCUUCUUACAUAAUGGUCGUUUGAAAACUUCGUAUUUUCAUCUGGGUUUCCUUCAAAAUCAGUUUUUAUUUUAUUUUAUUUUUCUUUCUUCUCUUCCUCUGUCCUUCUUGGUUUGGUUCUUCUGUUUUAAGCAGCUUUCUCUUGUUGAUCAUUAAUCAUGUCCGAUAUUUAAGUCAUAGGGUUAUUGCUAUGGCAGUCGUACCUGUUGAGAGUAUUGCCUCAUUGAAUAUUGAUCUCCUCUAUGACAUAUUACGACGCCUUGAUGGCCCUACGUUGGCUAGUGCAGCUUGCACUUGUGCAUCAUUUUCUUCCAUCUCAAAAGAAGAGAGUUUAUGGGAAAAUGUAUGUUCUUCUGUGUGGCCUUCAACCAAUAGGGAAGAUGUCAAAAGUUUAAUAUCUUCUACCGGUGGAUUCAGAAAAUUCUAUGCAGAUUGCUUUCCUCUUAUUAUAAACAAGGAGGUAGGAGAGUAUCAAUGGAGCAGCUAUCUUGAGUACCCUGAUGAUUGGACUGAGGCCAAAUAUUAUGGGGACAUGAUUGAAUUUGAAAGCAUCUCUCCAUCAGAUUUUGUUUCCAUUGUGGAUAUCAGGUUUAAGGAGAAACCAAUCUGCUCCAAAGUUCUAUGCGGAAUUCCAAACGCAAAUGGCUAUGAUGAGUGGUUCUACAACUGUCCUUUUCGGAUUGAUCUUCUGAGUUGUGCGGAUAGAGAUGAUAACAAUGAUGGUGUGGUUACCCUUUCUGUAUCUGAUGGAUUGCCACCAAUAACAUCCAUGGAAAGGGAAAAGAAAGAUGGGAAACUAUGGCAGGAGCUUCGUGAUGGUCUCUUGCUUAGUUGGAUCAUAGUAAACAAGAAAAUAAAGCAAUCUGCUAAUCUUGCAAGUUGGAUCUCCUUAGAUGGACAAAGACAUUGGCCAACAGAUAAGGAUUUCGUCUUUCGUUUCGGAUCUGUUCUCUCUGCCAAGGACAUUUUUCCUUCUCAAGUAGUGCAGUGCAUCCUUAUUAUGAAGUUUAGAGUGGUUCACACUGAAGAAGAGGGGGUUCAAACAACUCUUAAAACAACAGAGUUGAGUAUGCAGUUGGAAGACAUGGAAGGUGCUCAUGUUAAUGGGAGGAACAGUUUGCUUAUUCUUAAGGAAGCACUUAGCUGCCGAAGGAGCAAAAACUAUAGUGAAGUACUUGAAUCCUGUCUUAUUUUCUCAAAAGUGCAAAAUAAGUUGAAAGAGGAGAAGAUUAAAAACGAAAGUAGGUUGGACACACUUUGUAUAUUAAGUGGCAUUGUUGCUGUAAUGACAUUCUGGUACUAUGUUUUCUGAUAUGGUAUGGCGUUGUUCGUUUUACUGGAAUAAGCUAAUGUUGAUCUAGCAGAUGAUCAAAUUUGGCACUCCCCUUCUGUAACAUAAGAUUCCUAAUAAAGUAACUAAUUGAUGAAA